AUGGUGGGCGUGCUCGAGAGGCCCGAUGACGUGCAGUCGAACAAAGUCUGGACGACCCUCAUCACCAACACGGCGUACCUGACGGGCCUGCUCACCCUCGACUACAGCCUGAAGAAGCACGGCUCCAAGUACCCGCUCGUCGCCCUCUACACGGAUACCUUCCCCGCCGAAGGCCACAAGGCCCUCGACGACCGCGGCAUCCCCAAGAAACAUGUCAAGUAUCUGCUGCCCAAGGUCAAAAAGGACUUUACCAACGACCCGCGCUUCUACGACUGCUGGAGCAAGUUGACGCCCUUUUCGCUCGAAGAGUACGACCGCGUCGUCCAGCUCGACAGCGACAUGCUCGCCAUGAAGAACAUGGACGAGCUGAUGGAUCUGGAACUCGAUCCGCCCAGCGAAGGCGGCAAGGGCAAUCGCGUCUUCGCCGCCAGCCACGCCUGCGUGUGCAAUCCGCUCAAGAAGCCGCACUACCCCAAGGACUGGAUCCCGGAGAACUGCGCCUUUACCUCGCAGCACGCCGAGCCGGAUGCCGCGCAAAAAACGGGCGCACCCCCGACGGCUGGCCUGGCCAUGCCCAACGGCGGCCUGCAGGUCGUCAAUCCCUCCAUGGCGACGUACAACCUCAUUCUCCAACAGCUCGCAAACGAAACGUCCAUGUCGUAUGACUUCGCCGAUCAAUCGCUCCUGGGUGACCUCUUCAGCGCCCGAUGGGUCACGCUGCCGUACACGUACAAUGCGCUCAAGACGAUGCGCACAAAGGGCGUGCACGACGCCAUCUGGCGCGACGACGCCAUCAAAAACGUGCACUACAUCUUGAGUCCCAAGCCGUGGGACGAGGCGCCUGGGAAAUGCAGUGUCGAGGUGCACGAGUGGUGGUGGCUUGUUGAUAAUGAGCGGCGUGCGGCGGAGAAGAGCAAGGGCAUUGACGACGGCUUCUGA